AUGAGCAUGCUUCCCAACAUAAACUCCAGGUUUCAAAAAGGGGUACAACAAUGUGCUGCUGAGUUCUUUCAGGAAUACUGUCGUUAUCUUGGCUAUAGAUUCAACGAGUGCCAAAACAAUGGUUUCAUUCCCCAGCACAUUGAUUUGUCAUAUUUGAAAACAUUUUUUUUCAAUCUGAGAAGUGAAAUACUUUGCUUGAAGUGUAACACUGUGAGCUGCAACUCUAGCAUGGAGACACUUCUUCUUCUUCACCUUGCCCAGGUAACAACCUACGUGUAGUAUAAUGAAGAAGUAGAAAAGAGAAGAUAUGUUAGGUCUCAGCAAAUGAUCACUGAUAUGGUGGCUUAUUUUCUGAAAAUACAUCUUGAAAGCAUGCUAAACAAUCAUGGUUAACAUACUGAUCACAUCUUGUUAAUUACUUGCCAAAUUAACCAUCACAGGGUCAAAAGUCAAUAAUGAAAGCCGCUUGGAAAAUACAGUGUUACUAUGAAAGCCACAAAACAUACAUAUAAGGCUGGUUUGUCACAAGAGAUCAAACACUUGCACUGUAAAGAAUGACUUCUCCUAACCUGGAGGUGUUACUGCUACUUUUCCAAAAAACUUUUUAGAAAAUAACAAAUAUAUAAGCCUAAGGGUGAAAAGAUAGGGAGAUUUCCAUUACUUUGUACUCCUUUGUACUUUCUUUUAAUUAUGAAUUAUACUGACUGAGGGGUUAAAAGGGAAAUGGGAAAAGUAGCAAGGAAAAUCAAUUGUUCUGCUAUUCAAAUGAUUUUAAUCACAUUUUCAUUAGGGAAGCAGUCUUCAGGAGCUUGUAAAGGCUCAUAGCCAACCAGUACAGCUGGAGACACCAUACAUGUGCUACAAGUAAGCUGUACAUGACUGUCACUUUCCUGCGUGUAACUAACAUGGAUCAAUAGUUGAUUAUUACAUGGGUUUCGUGGACCUGAGGCUUCAUUUCUUGUAAUAUCAUUGAUCUCGAAAUCCAUACAUUGCUAUCCUUUUGAAAGUCUCUACAGGGGGAUCAUGUGCUGCUGCUGAAAUAAUACUGGAAAAGUGAAUGAACAUUGGGAUUGGCUAUUGGCUUGCACACACUCAAUAUGUGAUAAAAUUGAUAACAUUAUGCAAAAAAGGAUGAGUACCAUUAUACUAGAACCGGGAAAAAAUGGAAACAAAACAGAUAAUUACAUUCCUAGGACAAUGAUGUGGAAAUACUCUUGCAAAGCCAAAAAAAAAAAAGAAAUACAUGACAAAUAGGAAUAAUAAAUGUACAAAAUAAGAAAAAAAAAUAAGGAUUAAAAUGAUGUUAAAUACAGAGUUGUAACACAAUAUUAACAUGCAAUUAUAAGAUAUCUUAUUUUUUAAAAUUUCUUCACUUAAAGAUUGGAAGCACGUCCUUUUUCACAAUUAUUUAAUAUUCUUUUACUAGCUGCAAAGAUCAAACUGAAGCUUGGAAGCGUUUGGUUAUUGGCAAAGUACCUAAUACCAUCUGUCUCCAACUCUUGCGUUUCAAUUCCAGUGGUGAUAAGAUCAAGCAAACAGUAAAGUAUGAUGAAACCCUCACACUUACUGAAGUAAGUGGGGCGGAUAAAUCAGGGUCAACAGGAAGUGCUUUAGUACCUUACGAGCUUGUCGCUGUUGUAGUGCACCUCGGAAAUAAUCUAUCUUCAGGUCACUAUGUCUGCUUCAUGAAAAGGAAUGGGUUGUGGUAUUGUGCUGAUGAUGCUCGUAUCAAAGAAUGCACUGCAUUUGAGGCCACUAGCCAACAAGCAUAUCUAUUAUUUUAUGAAAAGGCUGAUGCUUCUGAUGUCCCUGAGGUAGAAGUACCACACAACCUGAGUUCUUUUCCAUCAGCAACUGACAGCAAGCAAAAUCCUUCCAAGGAAAACAUGCAAAUCCAGCAAGCUACUCCACCAUCCUUUUACAUCACCGAACCAUGUUUUGAUGUGCAAACUGCAGCAGUUUGUAAAACUGCAAAAGGAAGCCCUGCACUACAGUACAUGUCAAUAUGUGACUCAGAAAAAGAGCAAGCUGAACUAAUUGUGACCAUGGGGCAUACCAUCCAAGACCAUCCCAGAACAAAAGGUUGGCAAGAGCAAGACCUACGUAGACUUUUGCCAGGACAAGAAGAGGAAGGAUCUUGGCUGAACAACUUUGUCCUUAAUAAGAUCUUCUUACUAAUAGAGGAGAAGGCCACAGCAGUUGGCAACAAGGUCAGGACCCUUAACUCAGACAUCUUCACAAGGAUGAUUACAUCUUCCACAGAGACAUUCAAAAAAUACAACUUUCACCAAUUGUAUCCUAACAUCUUUGAUUCAGAGGUCAUUCUCGCACCAUUCAACCAUGGUAGGCACUGGUGUCUGGUUGUUGUAAGCAUGAAAGAGAAGAUGUCCAUAUACUUGGACUCCCUAUAUAAUGGUGCAGGUGCAAAAAUGGCAUUUUCAAGAAUGAACAACUUUUUGACCUCCUCGGCUUCUAUUUUGGGAAGGAACUGGGACAUGCAUGACUGGAAAUAUUUCGCGAUUCCCUCCUCUGACAUACCACAGCAACUGAACAGUGAUGACUGUGGAGUAUUUGUAGCCAAAUGGGCACAGCACAUUUCUGUGGGUCUGCCACUUGAUUUUUUCUCACCCAGACAUAGUUAA